GCAGCUCUUGGGUGCAGAGCCGAGCACGUGCGGUAGAGGAGGAGUGCGCUGUAGACAAUGAUUGGGCGAGCUCAAACACAAGCCCAAGGCAGAGCCUUGUUGAAGGAAGAACAAAGACAUGGAAAUGUGACCUCUUCUGGGACUGUGGUUUCAGCUGCGAAUCAGGCUCAGCUGCUUUCAGGGAUAUCUACCACAAGACGAAUGAAUACUCUCAGCAACAGUCAGAAUCGAAGUAAAACACACGAAGGCCAACAGAUGAUAUCUGCUGGUUUUGAAAGACAAGUAAUAAUGGAGAGAGGACGAUACAAGCAGCGUAAUGUCUUUGAUUUUGGAGUGAAUACCAGGAAGGGGAUGGAACAUGUGAAAGAUUGCAAAUCAGGCUCCAGCGGAAAUCCAGUCAGGAUCAUCACAAACCUCUUUGCCUUUAGGUCACCUCACUCCUGGUGUCUGAACCAGUACCAUGUGACUUUCAAGCCUGAUAUAGAAUCAAAGCGUUUGCGGAUGGCACUGCUAUUUAGCCACAGCGACCUUUUGGGAAAGAUCAGGGCAUUUGAUGGAGCCAUGCUUUUCCUCCCUCAUAAACUGGAAAACCAAGUUACAGAACUGUCAAGCGUCAUGAUUGAUGGCCAGGUAGUGCAUAUAACCAUUAAUCUGACAAGUGAAUUUCCACAGGAUUCUCCCAUGUGCAUCCAGUUCUUUAAUAUCACUAUUAAAAAGGCAAUGAAAAUGUUGUCAAUGUAUCAGAUUGGAAGGAACUUCUAUGAUCCAUCAACUCCAAUUCAGAUUCCCCAACAUAGAUUGAUUCUCUGGCCAGGAUUUUCUACUUCAAUCAUGAGAUAUGAGGCUAAGAUCUUAUUGUCUGCUGAUGUAAGCCACAAGGUUCUGCGUAGUGAGACAGUGUUGGAAUUCAUGACUGAGCUGUACAAUCGAAAUGGUGAUCAACAGUUCUGUGACACCUGUAUGAAAGAGUUGUUGGGAUUAAUUGUUCUUACGAGAUAUAACAACAAAACCUACCGCAUAGAUGACAUUGACUGGUCUGCGAAUCCGACUGGCACCUUCAAAAAGACUGAUGGCACUGAAAUUAGCUAUAUUGAUUAUUACACACAGCAAUAUGAUAUCUCCGUCACUGACCUGAGUCAGCCGUUAUUAGUCAGUCUGCUAAAAAAUAAACAUUUAGACAAAGAUGCAGCUCCACGUCUAAUUCACCUCAUCCCAGAGUUCUGUUUUCUCACAGGACUCAGUAACCAGGCUCGUUCUGACUUCCAUGUAAUGAAGGACCUGGCUGCAGAAACACAGCUGACGCCUGAAAAGAGACAGCAACGAUUGCAUGUGCUGAUAGAUAAUAUUCAGAGAAAUAAAGAGGCACGGACAGAGCUGGAAGGCUGGGGGUUACGCCUCGAUGAACAGAUAUCAUUGAUAGGCCGUGUUAUUCCCAGCGAAAAGAUUCAUAUGCUGGAUCACAUUUGCCAGCCAGAAUCAGCAGCUGACUGGUCCAGGGACACCCGAAAUGCAAGGAUUAUCAAUGUUCAACCACUUCAAGAUUGGCUGAUGGUUUUUAGCCAUAGGAGCUGUGAAGUAGCUGGAAAGCUUUUAGCCUGUCUUAAAAAAGUUGGGCUAUCAAUGGGCUUUUCUGUUGGCAAUCCAAAAAUGGUGCAGGUGAAUGAAGGUCCUGCAUCCUACAUGCAAGCAUUGAGACAUCAGGUCCAGCCCAGCACAGAUUUGGUGUUAUGUAUCCUAUCCUCAAAUCAGAAGGAUAAUUAUGACUGCAUCAAGAAAUUUCUAUGCGUAGAAAAGCCAACUCCUAGUCAAUGUGUGCUUGCUCGCAAUCUGAACAAGCAGCAUAUGCUUAUGAGCAUUGCCACUAAGAUUGCUAUGCAGAUGGCCUGCAAACUAGGCGGAGAAUUAUGGAUGGUGGAGAUUCCUUUGAAGUCUCUGAUGGUGGUUGGCAUUGAUGUUAACCGUGAUUCACUCGGGAAGGGAAUUUAUGUUGGAUUUGUGGCGAGUAUUAACCCCACAAUCACAAAGUGGUAUUCUCGCUGUGUUUUUCAAUCUUCUGCUGUAGAAGUAGCCGAUUGCCUGAAGGUCUGCAUGCAAGGUGCUCUCAACAAAUGGCUUGAAAUAAAUCACAUGCUGCCAGGACGCAUUGUAAUUUAUCGUGAUGGUGUUGGGGACGGGCAACUAAUGACAUUGGUGGACUAUGAGGUGCCCCAGAUACUGCACAGCUUUAAGGCGGUGAACCCUUGCUAUGGCCCCAAAAUAACUAUGAUUGUAGUUCGGAAGAGAAGUCCUUGCAGAUUCUUUGCUGAUGUGAAUGGAGCACUUCAAAACCCAGCACUUGGUACAGUGAUUGACAGUGAGGCUACCCGUCCUGAAUGGUAUGACUUUUUUUUGAUCAGUCAGUGUGCACGUCAAGGUACCGUUUCACCAACAUACUACAAUGUUGUGUAUGACAACAGCGGCAUGAAGCCAGACCAUGUACAGAGACUAACAUACAAAUUGUGCCAUCUCUACUAUAACUGGCCAGGUGUAAUUCGGGUUCCAGCUCCAUGUCAGUAUGCCUUCAAACUUACAGUGCUGGUGGGGCAAAGCAUUCACAGGGAGCCUGAUCUAAACUUGGCUGAGCGUCUCUUCUUCCUUUAAGAGGAAACGUAUAACAUGUGGGAUUUGUAAGACAGGCUUAUUUUUGAUCUGUUUCCUGGAAUAUAAACAGUAAAAAAAGGCAUUUUUUUUAUUUUCAAUUCUGUAACAACUUGAGCUUUUGAGAUACUGCCAAGAUUGUGUGCUUGUUUUCCAGAAGUGCUGUUAGCUCUUUUUUCCGUCGCCCCUCUAGACAGGAAAUAGAGCUCAAAAAAAUAUAUUUUAGGUUAUUAUUUCAGCCAAAUUUAAAAACAUAAUAAAUAGCUGAGUGGGGUUGGUUGGGUGGUGAUUCACACUGCCAAACACUGUAAAUAUAUUGACCAAUGAAGAAUAAGAUACAUUCACCUACAAAAAUCUGUAUAUUUGCCAAUGAUAAGAAAAUCAUUUGUCAGCUGUAAGGAAAAAAGUUAUUUGUUGAAACUGCUUUGACUUUACAGUAUUGUGGAGCGCAAACUUUAAUUCAGGUCAAACUUGUUCUAGUUGUAUUUGUUGUGUUUUAAAGCAGAAAAGGUGCUUUUGUUUAAAUGUAGAUUUCUUUGUUCUUGAAUGAGAAAAUUUUAAUUUUAAAUUGUGUUGAUGUGUAAUUUUUAA